AAGCUGGGAAUGUUUUCAGCUGCUCUUCUUUUGACUUGCAGGUCUAGCAUUCACUUUCUUUCAGCUCCGUUCUGCAUCUACAAGCUCCACUUUCUUCUAACUUGAAUCAUUGUACUUUUACUGGCUGCUGUUUUUAGACUGAAUUUGCACACUAAAGAAGAAUACAUUUAAUUUAAUGUGCAAUCACACACUCGUGUCUUUUACUGCCCUCAAAGUGUAAAAACCAGCUGACUUUUAUUUCCUCUGCAGGUUUAAAAUGUUAACCAGGUGGUUAACGUUCACAGCCUUCCUUGCCGUCCCAGCCAAUCCAGGAAGAGGAGCUACCGGCCAGGGCACUAUGACUGUGGCACCCACCUGCCGGGUCAAAGGUCAUCUAGAGGUGGAGCUGACUUUACACUGUGGAGAUGGAAAGGAUUUAGGUUCUCAGUAGGUGGAGUUAUUUAGUGCACCUGGCCCGCCUCCCUGGAGCAUUUAAGAGCUGACCGUCUCCAUCACACACCCAACAUUCAAACACUCAUCCAGCUGCUAACACAAACUAACACACCUGAAGAUGUUAACUCUGUUUUUUGUCUCUUUUGGUUGAUAAAUCAGAAAAUCCGUGUCUCUCUGGGUCUCUGACACCAGCAGCUCUGACAUGAGAGAAAACUUUUACUGAACUACGGUACUGAAUGUUGGUGGUGUCCCACUUAUUACUGUUGAUUAUCAUGUUUAUGAAGUGUAACCAAUGAUUUUUAAAACAGAAAGGAAAGGCCUUUAUUUUAAAAUAAUUUAAAAAAAAGCUGUUUAGCUCCUCCCCUUUAAGUCAGCUUUCUUCUGACUGGCUACCCAUCACAAACAGUGGGUUUGAAAAGGAGGUGGGUGGAGCUUCUGUGCUUACAGCCAUAGUUUUGUGCCUAAGAUGGCCAUUUCAAUACUGAUAAACCAUAACCGUUUGUAAAUGAUGGAUGGAUUCAAUUUAUUAUUUAUUUUGGAGCCAGCCUCGAGUGGACGAAAGAGGAACUGCAGCAUUGCCGCUCACGUCACAAAGAGCCAAAAGUAGAAAAUGUGUCCUCCAGGCGUGCACUCAACAAAUCUUCCACAUCUAUAUUUUUUGUUACCUUCACUUGAGACACGAAGGAAAAGUUUUUGUGAAACUGUUUCUCUCUUUUGGUACUCAUGAAAUCAUUACUCCUCACCUGUACCUGCUUCUUCUCUCAUGUGCAGGUGUGGUCCAGUACUGGCACACUCCCUUUGGAGACCUCCACACUCCUGGUUCCCACAGUAAACUGGACCCCAUCGUCAUGCACCAUGAUGGGAGCCUGCUGGUCCCCAACACCAGUGCUCUCCACAGCGGCCUGUACUACUGCCUCCUGCAGCACACAGAGGGAACUACACUGUGGCCAUACGAACUCCACGUCGGUCACGAUGGUCAAAACCUUCAGGAACUGGGAGAAUACGAGCGAAGCAGCCACUGUGCUGCAUUCAGGUUCAGGAGGGAUGCUGGGUCUGAGGAGGCGAAGCAGGCGGGUGUUUCAGCUGAGCUGUUUGCAGGAGCUGUGGCUGCAUCAGUACUGCUGACCUUUGUGUUGGGAUUCAGCAUUGGAGCUUUGAGCAGGACUCGUGUUUUCAGGUGUUUAGGGGCAGUCAGGGCAAAGCUGCGGUCACCAAAAAGAGGACGAAAGCGCCAAAGCGACACAACUGACCACCGCCCCGAGGUCAGCAUGACAACCCUGCCGCCCACGAACGAGAACCCGGCCUCUGAAAACGACCAGGUGGUGCACAACAACUCUGCGACUAACCUGUCUCCUCCUGCCAAACCUCAGAGAAGCUUCCGGCACAAACGAGAGGAAGACGAGCCACCGGAGACCACUGCAUAUCUGGAAGGAUGUGACUACAAGGAGGAGAAAGAGAGCCGGUCUGGUCGCUUGUAUCUGAUAGGAGAGGAUGGAGAGAGUCAAAGUGAAACAGAUGAGGACGAGGAGGACAAACAUGGAAGCAAGAGCAGAGGAGAAGAUGGGUAUGGUGCAGGAGGAAGAGGAAGCGGUGGCAGGUGAGGAGAAAGAUGGAGAGACGGAGAUUUCCAGAGAUUCUGAAAAGUCAUCUUUUGAAAGUGAAGACAAGGACACAGGAGGCAAAACCCAGGAGGUGACCAAUCAAGGAGCGCUGCCGCCCUCCCCACCACGCCCAGCCCGCCGCAGCCGCGUCAUCCGCCUGUACCAGUACGACGAGGACGGCCAGCGAUACGGCCACCUUCCGGACCCUGGCCCUGACGCUCCUCUCCCCGCCCCCAGAUUCAAACAGCGCUCUGUCUCUCUGACGCGCCUCUCCGCCAUCAUGGCUGCAGCCUCAACAGGGCCACUGGACCAGAGACAACAGGAAGAAGGAUAGUGAGCAGAUGCCAAACUUCCACAUGGACAUUUGAUAGAUGCUACAGAGAGUGGACAAAAUAAUGACAACACCAAGGCUCAAGUCGAGUCCACGUUUAGCGCCACAAACCGAGCCUGUGUUACGCUUUACUGCUACUCCUCAGGACAAUAAAGGACAAAGUCUCACACAUUCAAGUUUCCAAAGUAAAAUAAUUAGGGGGCAUACCAUAUAAUGCACGAGUGGGGAGUCCAUUCUUCAAAAGUUAAAUGCUUUCUUUGGCACAGAUGUUCAGUGCAUAUUAUUAUUAUUUGUCAUAAGUUAUAUUUGCAGUAAUUUUCACUCAUGCUUACUUGCAGAUCUGAGUUGCACUGAUUUGAUUAUCUCAGGAAAUCUGCAAAAAUGUACAAAAUAAAAGGACUUUCAUGUUUUGUUAUGCUGUAAACACCUGAAUGAAGCAGAACAGCCAUCGCCCAGUGGCUGAACUGAAAUGAUGCACACUUGUACCUGAUAUGUUAGGUGUGGAAUCGAUCUAUACAUACCCUUAGACUGGACACUGUAUUUUUAUGGGGUCUGAUGGGUGAAUCUGCACAUGCACUUUUUAUAUCUGGAAAUCAAUUUUGCAUAAAUUAAAAAAGCUAAAGACGAAGCAUCAUCAAAGUAAUGCUAUGACUUUUUCCUGAAUCAUCUUUACAUCCUGCUGACGAGAUAACAGCUGAAGCUGAACUAGGCUUCACUUUCAUAAUACCACUUUGUACCACAUGGUGGCACAACAAGUAAAUUAAUCUUACAUAUGGCUCGGGUCAAAGAUUUUAACUUGUACGCCGUCAUACGGGUGUAUCUUUUCAGAUGAAGUUUAGAUUCACCACUCUGGGUCAAGUCAAGGAAAAUGGCGUUUUAAGGAAUCUUGAAACUGAAGUGGUACGUGCCAUGUCUGUGUGCAUUUUUAUUGGGACUGUGGUGACAUUUGAGACUAAUGAGAACCCGUUCCUGCACUAAUGCUUGUUCCCAUCAGAUUUACUCAGGUUUCUGCAGAGACUGAGACCUGAUGGUUUUUGAAGGGCUAUAGGGGCAAAUCUCUAAACUGUGAAAAAGUAAAACAGCAUAAGAGCAAUCUUAUGGACCAGAGAUCACAAGAUGCAUUGGCUCGGGCACAACACUUGAAAUAGGGCAGCAUGGGCGUGAAUGGAGGUUAACGCUGUUGCCUCAGAGCACAGCCUGGUUUAAAGACAUCCAUGUUAGGUUAACUGGUCAUGUAUGUGAGGUAGAUGAAGUCCUUUAGGUGUGAACAGUUAAACUGUGACUUGUGUAUGGAUGAAAUGGAGUAAAUUACUAGCCACU